AACAAUCUUCGAAUCGUUUAUGAAGCACUCAAGGUAGUAGAGAAGAUAGAUAGAAGAAGAAAAAAACACACACACACACCGAAAAACAUUCUUUUUCCCAUUUUCUUUCCUCUUACUUCAUUUUCAUAUUCCAUUUUAUGCAUACAGGCUUAUCGUUUGCAACAAACAAUUCACGAUGAAAUUUCCACUAAAUUGAAAUCGAUUGACAAGUUACGUGCCGCGACGCUAGCUACUGACGAAAUGACUUGCUCAAAAAUCACUGAAACCAAAAACAAAAUUGCAGAAAUGCUGAAAAUCCAUUCUCAUUUAAAGGAAUUGCUUCAGAAUAUUCAUCAAAUUUCAAUUGACUCGUUUGUGGAUUUGCUGACGCACAAGUUCAAUUUGAUUUUAACCGAGAGCUCAGUGAAUGAGUUAUUGAAUUUCAACGAAGUAAAGCUGCCAUCAUUGGGCUUUGAAUUGGAAACUAUUGAGCUAUCAAAGGAUGAUGUUUCAUCAGUGUAUUUAAAUGAUAUUCUAAAGCGAUGCAGUGAAAUAAAUCAUGCGAAAUCGGAUGAUGUAGAUGAUGAUAAUGAUGAUGAUGAACUGGAGAAUGUAAUGACAGAUGAAGCAGUUCAGAAAAUCGUAUGGCCGGAUGUUAUGGAUCGUCUGGAAAAUUACUUGGACCAUCGUACGAAAAUCAAAGUGGAUUUGAAACGCUUAACUACUGAAGAAGAGGCCAUGGUGGAAAGCAUUGGAAACGACUGUGUCGAAAGCAUAAUCGACAAUCUAUUCCAAAGUGAAAAAUAAUUAGAAAUUGAAUACCUUGAAUUGCGUCUAAAACCUCCAUCGAUGUGUAUUUUUAGGUCAAACUCAUUUGGUAAGGCUUCUAAAAUAUCUUUGACCGCAUUAAGCAAC